AUGAGCGCUUUGCAGCCUUUCCCGGUGCCAUUGCCUGCUGGGGUCAAAUUUCCAGUCAAGACGUUCGCCAAAAGACAGCGGGCGGUUGUUAUGGCGCAAAGAUAUGUCCUCAUAACGGGUUGCGGCGAAGGCGGCAUUGGUGAAGCGCUGGCGAGAGAAUAUCAAAAGAAAGCCUGUACUGUUAUCACAACCGUGUUACCAUGGGAAUCGAAAGAUCACCUGAUCUCUGCCGGAAUCCAAUGCUAUGAACUCGACGUGACCGACGAUGCUUCUGUGCAAGCGCUCGAAAGGAUCGUGGACAAAGUCACCGAAGGCCGCCUUCAUGUACUCGUGAACAAUGCGGGCAUCUGCUACACAAUGACAGGCAUCGACACGGACGUGCAAGAAGUCCAGAAGAUGUUCAACGUCAACGUCUUCGGCCCCAUGCGAAUGGUGCACCAUUUCCAUCCCAUGUUGAUCAAAGCGCGAGGUACCAUUGUCAACAUCGGCUCCGUCGGAGGCAUCGUACCGUACAUGUAUGGAUCAUCCUACAACGCGACAAAAGCAGCCCUAGCCCACUGGGCGAAUACACUCAGGGUGGAGAUGGCGCCACUCGGAGUCAAAGUCACCACCAUCAUCUCCGGCAACAUCGGGACCAACAUCCUCAAAAGCGACACCGCCAGGACCCUCCCCGAAGGAUCCUUCUACGCCCCACUCGCGCGCGAGUUCCAAGAGCACGUCCAGCGGGUUCCAGACACGACCCCCCGCGCCGUCUACGCCAGCCACGUCGUGCCCCAGACCCUGAAGGCGAACCCGCCGGCGUGGUACUGGGUCGGCGCCACCACGGGCAUCGUUCGCUUCAUGGACAUUUUCGGCUUCCGGACCGUUUGGGAUUACAUCCUCUGGCCCGUGUUCAACCUUGGGAAGUUGAGGCAGGAGACGGAGGUGUGGAGGCGGGGGAACGAGUAG